AUGUCAGGAGUGAUAUGCGACAAGAAGAUCAGCGCAAGAGUGAAGGGCAAAGUUCAUAAAACGGUAGUAAGACCUGCAAUGAUCUAUGGUGCGGAAGCGUGGCCUAUUAAAAAGUCACAGGAGAAGAAACUGGACGUGGCCGAAAUGAAGAUGUUGAGAGCUCCUUAUUUCACAACCACUGGCCCUUAUUUUAUAACCUAUAAUCCACAACCUCUGUCCCUUAUACUACAACUUCUGCCCCUUAUACCACAACUUCUGCUCCUUAUACUACAACCUCUGCCCCUUAUACCACAACCUCUGCCCCUUAUACCACAACCUCUGCCCCUUAUACCACAACCUCUGCCCCUUAUACCACAACCUCUGCCCCUUAUACCACAACCUCUGCCCCUUAUACCACAACCUCUGCCCCUUAUACCACAACCUCUGCCCCCUAUACCACAACUUCUGCCCCUUAUACCACAACCUCUGCCCCUUAUACCACAACCUCUGCCGCUUAUACCACAACCUCUGCCCCUUAUACCACAACCUCUGCCCCUUAUACCACAACUUCUGCCCCUUAUACCAUAA